GUAUACUGACAAACACAACACAAUAGAAGACUGACAUCAAGAACAUUUUAGACGACGACGCGACGCUAUAAAGAGAUAGACUUUGGGAAAAUUUACCUUUCUCGUCAAAGGGGAAAUACUUCAGAAAUCAGUCUCUGUACUUCUUAGCCUAGGUCAAGUCGCACAUGAGUGAGUGUAUUUCGUCACGUUUUGUUACCCAAUAUACGAAUACGCGAAUACCGUGAGGGUACUUAAGGUAAUUUGAAAGACGAAAAGUGAACUUCGGGCAAACCGGCUUCUGUGUCUAAAGGUGGAAAAGGAAUUUCGGUGUCGAUGUCGGAGUCGGAGUCGGUCGGCGAGUGUUAACCCUAUGACUAAUAAAUAUUAGAUUUAUGUGAACAUACAUACCUACACCCGGACCGGACGGUAUAGGAAUCAAAAAUUUAUAAAACGCGCGCCGAGUCAUUUCGUUUAGCUUAUUGCUUUAUUACCUUGUGAGUUUGUGACGUAAUAAGUCAUAUUUAAGACACGGAAUCUGAUAAGAACCUUUUCAGACAGUCGUCGAUACUUAGCUAAUACGUUAGAUGGUAUAGUAGGAAAUAGUGAGUGGAAAUCUCCUGGAUUUUGUAUUCCUAUAAUUUGAAAACAAAAAGGAAAUAACAUUUAAAAGCUUACAUUAUAUUUAGCGCACUCUAGUUCACAUUCCUGCAAUUACUUAGCAACGAUUUAUCGAGUCGAGGCGUCAAACAAAACCCACAUUUGAACCAAUAAAAGAUAACAUAAAAAUACAUAUAGUUUCAUCAUUGAUAUUUAAACCAUAUAAAGUGCAAAAGAUUGUGUUCUUCAGUUUAGUAAUCUAAAGUGAUCAAAGCCGCGUCAACCAAAGGCCGCCUGUUUUUUCUUUUUUGUUAUAAUUUUUAAAAAAUAAUAAAUAUAUUUUUUAAAAAUGUCGCGACCGUUUAUUGCCAUCAUUCCACAAUCAAUCAACGAAGGAGACAAGGUUUUGCUGAAAGGACUCGUUAAAGAUGAUGCAUAUGAAUUUUCAAUAAAUUUUGUCACUGGAACCAGUCCAAAUCCUGAAGAUAUUGCCUAUCAUUUCAAAACAAUAUUUUCCGAAAAUAUAGUCGUUGAAAAUAGCAAAAGGAAUGGAGAUUGGAUGGAUGAACAAGUCAAAGAAUGGCCCGUUUCUGAUGGUCCGUUGAAAGUCCACUUAGCUUUGAAUUACACAAAAUUUCAAAACGAAGAUAACUCAAAAUCUUCAUCUAUUUCAGGGCCCGGAUUUGCCCUCGAAUUUGCUUUCACAGGCGGCAAUGUAUACACCUAUUUGGUAGAAGACGAACAUUCAAGAAAUCUCAUCUCCUACUAUCCGCUCGAUUAUGAUUUACAUGAAAUCGAUUCCGUUCAGGUUUGGGGUGAUGUUGAAAAAAUCCAAGAAUUAACUUUUCGAUAUUCGUAAUAAAAUACCAAAAUAAAACUACAAAAAAAAGAAAAGAAAUUGAAAACCUCAUCACAACAUGCCUACACAGUAUACAUACAAAAUGCCUUUUAUUAUAGAAUAUAUUGGCAUAGCUUUCAUAUUAGUGGCAAAAGAUUAAUGUACAUUUUGGUUUGGAUGAUGCGUCAUAUUAUUCAGCAUUCCUCUUCAUUUAUAGCCAUCAUCAUGAGUGCUUUUGCAGCCCACCCACGACACCAUAAUUAACUAUAGAAAUAUGCAAAAACCCAGAAUGUAAAAUGCUUACUUUUUUAAAAAUUAGAUUUUGUACAAAUUAAGAAUUGGAAGAAAUUCAAAAAUUCGAAUUAAAAUCCAAAGUAUAAGUUUGCCUGCCCAUCGUCGUCAUCAGUCAUCCAUAAAUUAAGCAAUAUUCAAACCUCAAAACUGACCUUAUUUGCUGUUUAUAAAAAAUCACACAUGUUCUACGCUAGACGCUAUACAGUCGCUCCACCCGCUAUCGCCACCACCGCCAUCUAUUAUACAAACAUCUAAUUUUUGCUUGAGGAAUUUCUCUCAAUUUGGUUGUCGACAGCUUGAUUUAUUUUUUAUUUGUUUAAAUUAUUUGCUUAGAAAUUAAACACUUCUCAAACAAAAUAACAAUAACACGUUUCGAAAUCGUUUAAAACCAUACGGUUUGGAUAAGAUUUUUGUUUAAUAGAUUCAUUUUAGUUCUAAGGUCAUUUUAAACUAUUUAUUUUUUGAUAUUUAUGUAUUUAAAGACUUUGUGUAAUUUAAAUUAUGUUAAUAUUUAUUUUAAUGCUAUUCUUAUGAUAUAAGUUCUAAUGUACAUUUAA